AUGAACUCCUAUGUCACCCCUCUUGUUCUCUCCACUGCUGGCAUAGUUUGUUCUACUGUAGCAAUAGCAGUGUACCACUGCAUAAUCCUCUUGAGGCAUUUCGUUAGAACUCACACUACACAACGCAGGGACAGCACAACUUCUGUAAAGAGUGAAGGGAUCCAACAAGAAAUCCUUAACAAAAUCUCAGUUUUCUCAAUCUCUACAACACAAACAAGUAGUACUGGUGCCAUUGCCAUUCAUUUGGGCCAAAAUAUUGAAUGCUCCAUUUGCCUAGGACAGUGGGAAGAUGACGAUGUGGUGCGGUUGUUGCCUCUUUGUAAUCAUGUUUUUCAUAAAUCCUGCGUUGAUGCAUGGUUCAUGGACCAUGCAAAUUGCCCAGUUUGUCGAUCACCAAUCACUUCUGAUUGUGAGUUAGCCUUGCCAAUGGCUUCACAAAAUGGUGAUGCCUAA